UCCUUAAUCCGCCAAGUUUCCAGCAGCGAACUCUGUUAAGUGCGCGAGAUGGUGCAGCGCAGUUCCACCGCCGAGGUUAUGUCCAUGGAUCUCAGCCCCAAGAAGGCCAACAAGAUCUAUGGCGGCGAGGGCGGCGCCUACUACGACUGGUCCCCCGCCGACCUGCCCAUGCUCGGAGCAGCCUCCAUCGGCGCUGCCAAGCUCUCUCUCGCCGCCGGCGGCCUCGCCCUGCCCAGCUACUCUGACUCUGCAAAGGUCGCCUACGUCCUCCAAGGCAAGGGAACGUGCGGAGUGGUGCUCCCGGAGGCGACCAAGGAGAAGGUGGUCCCCGUCAAGGAGGGCGACGCGCUCGCUCUACCCUUCGGCGUCGUCACCUGGUGGCACAACGCCCACGCCGCCGCUGCCGACCUUGUCGUCCUCUUCCUCGGCGACACCUCCAAGGGCCACAAGGCUGGCCAGUUCACCAACUUCCAGCUCACAGGCUCCACCGGCAUCUUCACCGGGUUCUCCACCGAGUUCGUCGGCCGCGCCUGGGAUCUCGCGCAGGAGGACGCCGCCAAGCUCGUCACCACCCAGCCCGGCGCCGGCAUCAUCAGGGUCAAGGACGGACACAAGAUGCCCGAGCCGUGCGACAAGGACCGGGAGGGCAUGGUCCUCAACUGCCUCGAGGCGCCGCUCGACGUCGACAUCAAGAACGGCGGCCGCGUCGUCGUGCUCAACACCCAGAACCUGCCGCUCGUCAAGGAGGUCGGCCUCGGCGCCGACCUCGUCAGGAUCGACGCCCACUCCAUGUGCUCGCCGGGCUUCUCCUGCGACUCCGCCUACCAGGUCACCUACAUCGUGCGCGGCAGCGGUCGCGUCCAGGUCGUCGGCAUCGACGGCACGCGCGUGCUUGAGACCCGCGCCGAGGGAGGCUGCCUCUUCAUCGUGCCCAGGUUCUUCGUCGUCUCUAAGAUCGCCGACGACACUGGCAUGGAGUGGUUCUCCAUCAUCACUACUCCCAAGUAA